CAUAUGAUAAUAUUGUGAGCUGAUCAACUUCAAAGACCUUGUUUUCACUUGUAUAGAUUUGAAGAAUGGGAUAUUUCCACACAACAAAAUGCUAUCUUCCAUGUCUGUGUUAAUAUCUGUCCAAGAGACUAAGCUUCCGAAGCAAAACACAGAAGGAAGAAAGAAUGAAGGGCUUAGGAAGAUUGAUUCUCAGAGCUCGAAGAAUUCCGUCACUGGGUUUUCAUGGAGGUGGGAACACCCGAUUCUUCUCAGCUGCAACAACUUCUUCCAUGUUCGGGGGUGAAGGACCUGCUUCCUGUUCUAUAUCGUCUAGAAUUUGCUCCGAUUCUUCCUUGCGCUCGUGGAAAUCGAUUAAAUUCGGAGGACAGAGGAGAACAAUGUUCAUUGAAACUCAAUCGACACCCAAUCCUUCGUCUCUCAUGUUCUAUCCUGGAAAGCCUGUUAUGGAAGUUGGGAGUGCAGAUUUUCCUAAUGCCCGUUCUGCUAUGAACUCCCCACUAGCAAAGGCCCUCUAUGGUGUCGAUGGUGUCGUUCGAGUCUUCUUUGGAUCAGAUUUUGUUACAGUAACAAAAUCAAAUGAUGCUUCAUGGGAUUUCCUAAAGCCUGAAAUUUUUGCUGCAAUCAUGGACUUCUAUUCUUCUGGGCAACCGCUGUUUCUAGACUCUAAAACUGCUGCUGCCAUGGACACAGCCAUCAAAGAAGAUGAUUCUGAAACUGUUGCUAUGAUUAAAGAGCUGCUUGAGACUCGUAUUCGACCAGCUGUGCAAGAUGAUGGUGGGGAUAUUGAAUACAGAGGAUACAAUGAAGAAACUGGUAUUGUGACAUUGAGAAUGCAAGGAGCAUGCAGUGGCUGCCCAAGCUCAUCCGUCACUCUAAAAUCUGGCAUUGAAAAUAUGUUGAUGCAUUAUGUACCUGAGGUGAAGGGUGUGGAACAAGAAUUUGACCUCGAGGAAGAGGAUGUAAAGUCAACCAGCCAAAUGGAGUAAAAGAUGAGUUGGUCUCUAUUCAUUUUAUGUCAUAUGUUGAGCCUGAUCAUCUUGAGGGUUAUACCCUAUACGGUUUUGUUGUUUCAUUCUUGGUUUGGUUGAGCUAACACUGAUCUUGAGGGUGGCCAGGCCAUAAGGAUACUUGUUUUUUAUGCAGAGAAUAAAAAGAAGCCGUUUAGGUUGAUUUUUUUUUCUUGGCUUAUAGAGUAGAAUACCAUGUAACUUUUAUUCCUAGCUAUGAAAAGAAGUUUGUGAAUAUUGAACCGUAAACUGGGAUUUCAAGGGAUUGACAUAUUUUGGACCUGAUAACAUAUAUGAUAUGAUAAUGUACGAGAGAUUUUGAUUGUUCAUUUAAUAAUAAUAUUUUUGUUCUA